ACUUAAGCGUCUAGGCCCAGACCGGAAGUAGCUUCAUUCCGGGUCGGCAUUUUGUAGAUUGCAUUUCCGUUGGCGGCGGCGGGAAUUCUGCUGCUGGCUGGCGUCUAGGCCUCUGUGGAGGCGAAUCCGGCGGGAAUCGGAGCCAUCGGAGCCGCCACCAUGACUGUGGGCAAGAGCAGCAAGAUGUUGCAGCACAUUGACUACAGGAUGAGAUGCAUCCUGCAAGAUGGCCGGAUCUUCAUUGGGACCUUCAAAGCUUUUGACAAGCAUAUGAAUUUGAUCCUCUGUGACUGUGAUGAGUUCAGGAAGAUCAAGCCAAAGAACUCCAAACAAGCAGAAAGGGAAGAGAAGCGAGUCCUUGGUUUGGUGUUACUUCGAGGGGAGAACCUGGUCUCUAUGACAGUAGAAGGACCGCCUCCCAAAGACACUGGCAUUGCUCGAGUGCCACUUGCUGGAGCUGCUGGAGGGCCAGGAAUCGGUAGGGCUGCUGGCAGAGGAAUCCCAGCUGGUGUUCCCAUGCCCCAGGCUCCUGCAGGACUUGCUGGGCCAGUGCGUGGGGUUGGUGGGCCAUCCCAGCAGGUGAUGACACCACAAGGAAGAGGCACUGUUGCAGCUGCUGCAGCUGCAGCCACAGCCAGUAUUGCAGGAGCCCCAACUCAGUACCCACCUGGUCGUGGAGGUCCUCCCCCACCUAUGGGCCGAGGAGCACCUCCUCCAGGCAUGAUGGGCCCACCUCCUGGCAUGAGGCCUCCCAUGGGCCCCCCAAUGGGGAUCCCCCCUGGCCGAGGAACUCCAAUGGGCAUGCCCCCUCCUGGGAUGCGGCCCCCUCCACCAGGGAUGCGAGGCCUGCUUUGAUCGUUGGCCACAGUUAUGGAAGUAGCUCCACAGAUGCGUGGACCCGAUUCCCCAGGGCCACGCUCCCACAGACCUGUUUGUUUGUUAUGCUGUUGUUCGAGGAGUCUCACCGGAUUGUCUGGUUUCCCUUUCAGGGCCCCCUCCCCCAGGAAUGCACCCUCCAAGGCCCUAGACUCAUCUUGGCCCUCCUCAGCUCCUUGCCUGUUCCCCGAAAGGCUGUACAUAGUCCUUCUAUUUUUCUGUGGCCUACGAAACUGGUUUAUAAUAAACUCUUAAGAGAAUAUUAUAAAUGCA